AUGGCUUUCCCCCAAUCUAUCCCCAUUAAUUUCGUUUUUAUUGGUUUACUUCUUGCUUUGUUUGUCUUUCUUUCUUUCUUUCUUUCUUUCUUUCUUUCUUUCUUUCUUUCUUUCUUUCACUUCUACAAUUUGUUUGCUUACCUCUUAUCCAAAAUUUCUUUCUUCCUUUUCUCUUUACUCUUACCAAUCCAGUCCUUCUUUCUUUCUUUCUUUCUUUCUUUCUUUCUUUCGCUUUCUUUUCUCUUUUUACUUUACAUUAUCUGUUCCUUCAUUCUUUCUUCUUUUCAGCUUUUUCUUUUGAUUUUUUUCAUAUUUUUUUAUUUUUUCUUUCAUCAUUUUUUUUCUUUCUUCCAUUCUUUGUCUCUUUCUUUCUUAUCAUGUUUUUCUUUACAUGUCACGGAGCCUAUGUUCAUAGCGUUUGCUGCUGUAGGUGCACCUUUCAUAGCAGACUUGAGCUCGUAUCGAUCUACUAGACCACUAACUUCGGGUCCGGUGACCAUCCACCUACGAAGUGCUGACUCGUCUUCUGUCAGCAUAAUUGCUACGCUGUUACCUUUGAUUGGUGCGUUAUCGAGCUCGUAUGCUUGGUCGAUCGCUAGGGCAGAGAAUUCUCUUCUUGACUUGUGA